CCCCUUCCCCCCCCCCCGCCCCCCCCCGCAGGAGCCCGCUCUGCCCGGCAGCACCAUGACGGAAGUGGGCUGGUGGAAGCUGACCUUCCUCCGGAAGAAGAAGUCCGCCCCCAAGGUGCUGUACGAGAUCCCGGACACCUGUGCCCAGACGGAGGGCAGCGCGGAGCCCCCGGGGCCGGCGGGCGGGGCGGCCGGCAGUGACUUUAACAGCCGCCUGGAGAAGAUCGUGGACAAGAACACGAAGGGGAAGCACGUCAAGGUCUCCAAUUCCGGCCGCUUCAAGGAGAAGAAGAAAGUGCGAGCCAGCCUGGCGGAGAACCCCAACCUCUUCGAUGACAGGGAGGGCGAGGGACAGUGAAGGGGGCCGAGGCGGGUGCCGGCAUCUCCCUGCCUGCCGGCUCCCUGCCGUCAGCUGGAUCUGAGCAGGGAGCUGGCCACAGCCGAAGCCCUGGGGGCGGCGCAUGCCUGCUGGCAGGAGAUGUCUCCUUUUAGGUUCGUAUUUAUGUGCCCUGGCUUUCCGGGGCGUCUGGAAGAUACCGGGGUCCUCCCACCGCCCCCCACCACAUAGAAAGGCACUCGGGUUCAGGGGUGACAAGUGCCACCCAGGGCACGGGGUCAAGGGUGAGUUUGACUUGCUGCUCCCUCUAACGGUCUCUACCCGUGCCGGUUCCCUGCACCAGCCCUGAGAGUGCCUUUUCCAGACGACACGUGAUGGGGGGUCGUUUCCAGGAGCCAGAGGCGGGCUGACCUGGAGCUCACCUCCUAACACAAGUGAUAAACUUCUGGGGGCCUUGUUCCCAGAUGUGCAAAGGGAGGGGGACCCUGGCACUCCCUGGAGGUGCUGCAGAAGGCCCGGUUAGGGGCCCCCAGGUCCAAGUUAGUGGUGGGGAAGCUCUGGUAGGACCUAACAGCAGCCAGCUCUUCCCACCGGUAUUUAAGAUGGACCGGCCCAGAGAUGAGUCCUGGAGCCUUGGAUUUUGUUUAAUAACCGUAGGUUUCUCUCUUUGUAAUAAACAACGCUGCCAAAGCUGAGAAUCUA